GACUUUUUGACUUGCCGUACAGUGCACAUACCAUGACAACAUGGCUUCUUCAAUGUCAUUCUUUGGUCUAAGCCGAUUUAUCGCUUCUAACUCAGUUGCAAAAACAAUUGUGAAUCCUGUCAGGUCAAUAAGCACGUCAGGAUGGAGGCUGGCAGAACAGCAGGGACAGGGAUCCCAGCUCAUCACCGUGGAUGAGAAAUUGGAUAUUACAACUCUGACAGGUGUUCCCGAGGAGCAUAUUAAGACCCGCAAGGUCCUUAUAUUUGUGCCUGCCCGCAAUGCCAUGCAGUCCGGCAACAAAAACGCACAGAAGUGGAAGAUGGAUUUUGACACCAGGGAACGUUGGGAGAACCCACUGAUGGGCUGGGCCUCCACGGGAGACCCCUUGUCCAACAUGGCGCUUACAUUUAGUUCUAAGGAGGCGGCAAUUGCUUUCGCAGAGAAGAAUGGUUGGAGUUAUGAUAUAACAGAAAAGAGAGUCCCGAAACCGAGAGUGAAGUCAUAUGGAGCAAACUUUUCCUGGGAUAAAAGGACUAGAAGGUCGACCAAGUAGACAAAGUGGUUAAUUUUUCCACCAUCCAAACCCUCUUGAAGUUUAGUGUUGUUAAUGGGAGGAUGAGGUAAAUGUCAAGCUUCAAAAGACUGAAUGCGGCUAGAUAUGUUUACUCAUACUCCUCGAGGGAUGAUCUGAGAUGAGUAAAACACCUGCCUGCUCUCAAUGAACUUCAAUUGGAAAAGCAGUGACCAUUUUACCCCAUUAUUGUUGUUUUCUGAUUAACACUUGUUUACUACACGUACAGUGUUAACUUUCAUUGCAAAUCCUAGCUUGAAAUUUGCUUGAUGUUAUUAUGUCAAAGUAUUGGUAUUCAAAGUCAAAAUAAAAUGUUUUGGUGUGAUUUUGAUUUACGCUAGAAAACAAUUAUUUUUGUAAAUUAUCAUGCUUGUUGCCUAAGCAGUCAGUCACUGUGCAGCAAAAGCUGUUUUCACAGAUGAAAAACAAUUAACCUAAUAAGGACACAAUUGCCUUGGAC